CCGGCGGCGUGGUGUGGACCGGCCGCAAUCACUACACGUGUUCCGUAUAAUAUCGCUGUGUAAAGAUAUUUUAACAUUUUCUUCGAAAAAAUAUUUUUUCCAAGCUUUUGAUACUCGCUUAGAUUGAGUUUUUUUUAUAAGCGUGAUUGUUACUGUGUUGGGGUAAAUAUUUUGGUGUGACAGUGUAUAAUGUUUGUUUGAAAAAUUAUUGAAUGACAUUAAUUCAACUGUGAUAUAAAAAAAAAUGUGCCGACAUGAAUUAUAAUUCUUAUUUUGAAAUUUAAUUAAAACUUUUUACAUUCAGUGUCUAAAAAUAAAUAAAGUAGUGACUAUGACAUGCAAACUUUUUGGUGGAAAAAUGUGAAGUGCUUUUUUUAAAGUUACAAAUAGAAUUUAAAAAUGGCGGCCUGGUUUUGGUUGGCCGCGUUGCUGUGCGGAUCUCAGGCUGCAGUUCUGCCUCCACCAUGGGCUGAUGUAAGGAGGAAUCCCUGCGCUGCUCAUCCUAGAGGCUGGCUGAUGCUCUACUGGCCUACUGAUGGAAAAUGCUAUACUAUUUAUCAGAAAGGCCAUCCCUGUCCAGAAACCCAGGAGCUGAGUCCAGGACGGUGGGGUGGCAGGACGGUGGCAGAGUGCAAGUGUCCGCCGGGCACCGCGCAGCUGCCGCUCAGCACCACCUGCCACCAACUAUUCCAGCGCGGCCCCUGCCGUCCCGGCGAGUACUUUGCGCCCGUCGAGGAGUCCUUCAACAAGCGAGGUGAGCGUCAAGGCAUGUGCGUGCGUCCCCAACAAUGCGCUGAUGAAACACUGCUGUACUGGCCUGCUGACGGCCGCUGCUACUACCGGCUCAGCCAGGGCCCCUGCUACUCCGGGGCCAUACUGGACGUCGGAAACGAUGGACUGGCUGUGUGCACUUGCUCAACAGAGGGUCCCCACCACUGGCCAUCAGACGGGGGAUGCUACGCUCACUACACGAGGGGGCCCUGUGAGCGAGGCCAGCUCUUCCUGCCAGGGUCCAAGUGCGGCUGUGAGCCUCAUAUGCCGCACUACCAUAAUGAGACACAGGCUUGCUAUGAGCUGGAUACAAUAGGUCCGUGUCCAAAAGGCCACGUGUUUUCUAUAACAGCGUCGACGGAGGCCUAUCACGCGGAGUGUCGUUGCAAGUCGUUCCACGCGCGAGCGGCAGAUGGCGCCUGUUACAGACUGUAUACGCGGGGACCUUGUGCCGUGGAUGAGAUGGUGGCACGAGGAGGCAGGUGUACUAAGGUUCCAUGCUCACGCGGUCGUCUCUAUGUCCCGGAGCGGCGGCGCUGCUACCGCCCCGGUACAGCGGAGCCCUGUCCUAUAGGGGAAGUGGUAGCCUUCGACUUCGAGGCACGACCGGCUCUGGACGGCUUGAGCCAUAACGGGGUCUGCGCUUGUGGCAGCGGCGUUUGUGCUAGGAGAGAGGUGGAAGCAUGCAGUUCCCGACGAGGCACCGUCCCCUACAACGGCGCAUGCCACAUCCUCUACACUCAGGGACCCUGCUCUGAAGGCUCCUGGCUCACGCGAGACUUCGCUGGCAAAGUGCAGUGCACUUGCAGGCCAGGACAGAAGUGCGACACACGAGUUUCUGUUAAGAGCUGACAUCGAUGAACAACAUUUAUACGUUCCGCUAGGGCACAAGCCUCCAUGUCACUGCGGGUCGCAGAAACCCAACCAGACUUGAGUCAAUAUGGUCUUAAGAAAAAGUCCUUUUAAAAUACAGACCCCAUUUUUAACUAUUGUCAUGUAAUAAAGAAUAAUACUGCGUAUAGAAGGUUAAUUCUCCGCCUCGCAUCAAUUCGUAUCAGGUGCAGCUAGAUUUACCUCACCCCCUCUGGAUCUUACUUUAGUCUCAAUGACUGUAAGCCGCUAAUGAGGAAAGGAGACGCAGAUGUGUCUGUCUCGUUCGCACUUAUGCGGAUUCGAUUUUUGUAUGGAGAAUCCGGGGUGUGCUAUUGUGUUUGGUUAUCUGGGUCGCAGGAGGAUUUAGAAUAGUUCAUUUCCUAAAUUUUAUUGAUCUAACUAAGACCUCCAAUGGAAUGUCUAUAGCAAGGUCAUGGUACGAAAAAGCGGUGUUAAAUUUAAGAUCUGAAUAAAUAUCAUAAUAAGAAGAAUAUGGGGGUAAGAAUUAUUGCCUCCGCCGAUCUAUUGGAAUGUCUUGAAGACACAAUUAGUUAAAAUAUGAGUGGCUCAUAUUGAGUCGUAUAUUGUAGUGUAGAUAAGUACUGUACGGUCAGUGUCCUAAUAUAGGCAACCAUUUUGUGUCCUAAUAUGCCUGUGUUUGUGCACUAGCGGCCGCCAUGGUCCAGUGAUUGAGAGUUGAGCUCACGAUCCGGAGGUCUUGGGUUCGAUUCCCGGUGGGACCAGGGGCACACGUCUUAUAGAAAAAAUACUUUGUGAGACUGUCUCCAGAUUGAACUAGACAUUCGGACAUUCGGAAGGCACGUUAAGCCGUUGGUCCCGGCUAUUACUUACAGUAGUAAGUACGUUGUCGUUACAUGGGCCACUUCAGGGGCCUGUGGUGGCAUAAACGACCUCACAACCCAAUUGACAGAAGAAAACUAUACCUACUUACUUUCAAAUAUGGUUUACUUUGAAGACUGAUAAUUCAGAUUUCGGUAAAAUAGUGCCGGAAUACAAAGACGAUGGAGAGCCAUGAAAAUCCUUAUGAUAUACGCCAACUUCUAUAAAUUUAAACUUGGAAUAUUAUGAUUCUAAUAACCAAUACCUAGUAUUAAGUUAUGAAAAUUAAACCAUAAGUUUAUAUACAAAGAUUUCUUUUUAUUUCAAUAACUUAACAUGUAUAUCUUAUAAAAUCGUUACAGUAUAAAAAUAAGUCAAUAAUUACGAACUAAUG